AUGCCGGCAAAACAGAGGACGCCUAAGGUCAGCCGAAACCCUGAUCUAGUCAGGGGAGUUGGUAAAUACUCUAGAUCGCAGAUGUACCAUAAGAGGGGUUUGUGGGCUAUCAAGGCCAAAAAUGGCGGCGUUUUCCCCCGACACGACGCUAAAUCCAAGGUUGUUGCUCCGGCCGAGAAGCCCCCGAAGUUCUACCCCGCUGAAGACGUCAAGAAGCCUCUCGCCAACAGGCGCAAGCCAAAGCCUACCAAGCUCAGAUCCAGCAUCACCCCAGGGACAGUGCUGAUUAUCCUUGCUGGUAGAUUCAAGGGCAAGAGAGUUGUCUUUCUGAAGCAACUUACCUCUGGUCUACUUCUUGUGACUGGACCGUUCAAGAUCAAUGGUGUUCCUUUGAGACGUGUGAACCAGUCCUAUGUGAUCGGCACAUCCACAAAGGUUGACAUUUCUGGAGUCAGCCUUGACAAAUUUGAUGACAAGUAUUUCGGAAAGGUUGCUGAGAAGAAGAAGACCAAGAGCGAGGGAGAGUUCUUCGAGGCAGAGAAAGAGGAGAAGAAGGAGAUUCCACAAGGAAAGAAAGAUGACCAGAAGGCCGUGGAUGCAGCUUUGAUCAAAGCCAUUGAAGCAGUUCCAGAGCUCAAGACUUACCUUGGCGCAAGGUUCUCACUGAAACAAGGAAUGAAGCCCCAUGAGCUUGUUUUCUAG